AUGGUAGGUGCGGUGACGGCUAUGCACGAUGGGAUUGCCCUUGCCAAUCUGAUCUACGCCAUGCCAACAAAAACAUCAACCGACAUUAACAAUAUCUUUAAGGAAUACCAGGAGGAGAGAUACCCUGCUGUGAUGGUGUCGUUCGAAAACAGUCAACUCAUGAGCAAGAUCACGGCUCGUGGAAUCAUUGGCGCCAUUAUUUUCUUUAUGGUCACCUACAUGCCCUUCUGGCUGUGGAAAAAGGCGUUGACAAAAACAGUUCGGUACCGCCCUCAAAUUGGAUUCCUUCCAGCUAUUCCAUACAUGGGUAGUGUUAUGCCUUUUGUGUCGCCCAGUGAACGGAAGGCAAGGGCUAUCUUUGAAAAACAACAGGAUGCUGCUACUUCUGUCUAA